UCUACAGAUCCACUCUACAAUUCAUACUAAACCUCAUAAGUGUGACAAAUGUGGCAAACGCUUCAUGGAGCUAUUAAAGUUUCAGAAACACUGUGGAAUUUAUAGAUGUGAAAAGCAAUACAAGUGUGACAAAUGUGGUAAAUGUUUCACAACAAAUCAUUUUUUAAACAACCACAUUAGAAUUCACACAGAUGAAUUACCGUACAGGUGUGAUAAAUGUGGUAAAUCUUUUGCAUUGAAGAGCAGUCUGCGGAACCACUUUAUAAUUCGUCAUAAGUGUGGCAAAUGUGGUAAAUGUUUCACACAAAGUAAAAGUUUACAGAAACACCAAGCAAUUCAUACUGGUGAAAAGCCUUUCAUGUGUGAAAAAUGUGGUAGAUGUUUUGCACUCCUGACUUAUUUACAGAACCACUGUAAAAUUCAUUUAGGAGAAAAGCCUUACAACUGUAAGAAAGGUGAUAAGUUUUUCACUCACAUUAAAUCUGUACAGGAACACCAUAGAAUCCAUUCUGGUGAAAAGCCUUACAUGUGUGACAAAUGUGGUAAAUGUUUUGUAAGGCUGACCAAUUUACUGAACCACUGUAAAAUUCAUCUAGCAGAAAAGCCUUACAUGUGUGAUAAAUGUGGAAAAUGUUUUGCAUUCUUGUACAUUUUACAGUCACACAAUAGAAUUCAUACAGGAGAAAAGCCUCACAAGUGUAACUUUUGUGGUAAAUGUUUCACACUAGAAUCAGGUUUAAAGAAGCAUCAAAGACUUCAUACUGAAGAAAAACCUUACAAAUGUGCCAAUUGUGGUAAAUGUUCCAAUAAUUUAGCAGGUUUAGAAAAACACCUUAAAACACAUAUAGGAAAAAAAAAUUACUUGUGCAUCAUAUGUGGUAAAUGUUUCUCAGACACUUACACUUUACAGAACCACCAAAACAUUCAUAAAAGAGAAAAGCCUUACAAUUGUGACAAAUGUGGUACUCGUUUUGCACUACAGAGUACUUUACAGAAACACCAACAUAUACAUGAGAAAAGCCUUACAAAUUGACAAAACACCUUAGAAUUCAUACAGGAGAGAAGCAAGUGUGACAAAUGAGGUAAAAGUUUUUCUGAUCUCAAAAAUGAUUCUUGCAUGUCUUUUGGAGAUAAGCAUGACCUGAAGUGUCCUUUGAUUUGCCCUGUAUAGUGAA